UUUUUCCAGAAGGCAGCAAUCAACGUGCGGGAUAAUGUCGGGGAGGAGGUGGACCCGGAGCAACUCAUCCAGGAGACAUGUCGGAGCUGCCUGGAGCAGGCCAAGCUGCUGUUCUCCGAUGGCAAAAAGGUUGUUCCCAGGUUGCCCCAUGAGCAGGCAGUGCCAAAGCGCGCCCGACAGGUGGAUGAGGAGCUGAAUCGCCGAGGGAGCCCCGUUCCCAAAAAGAGAAAGGGGCGACCUCCAGGACAGAGCCUGUCGAACGAUCGCGCGGUCUCAGGCCUGGCUGCGUGGAAGCUCAAAGUCUCUGAGCCCGUGAGAAGGGAUGGACCAAAGUGGGAUCCAUCCCGACUGACUGAAACCACAACCUUUGUGCUGGGAUCUCGAGCCAACAAAGCUCUCGGGAUGGGAGGAACAAGAGGGCGACUCUACAUCAAGCAUCCCCACCUCUUUAAGGUCAGGUGCGGCGGCAGGACGCUCCCUCCCUCGGGCUUUGCUCGGGAGCGGUUUCCGUGUGCCUCGGCCGGCUCGUGCUCUGCCUCCCCGCGCCCUCGCUCGUGGCCACCCGUGCCGGAGCGUGAGCUGACGGCUUAG